CGGAAGCUCACACUGAGUCUUUUAGCCUUCAUCCAUUGUUGCCCAAUUUCUUGGACCUGACUCGUUACCUGAAGAAUGGCACAAAAGGGCGAGAGAGCAGCAUCCACAGACAGUGCUCAAGCUGAAGCUCACAUUGGCUUUAAACCCAGCCUCCGAAAGCCGCCACCACCACCAGCCACAGUGAAGAAAUCAAACGAAGAAGCCAUAAACAAAAUGUAUAUAAACCUUCUCAAUAAUGUGUUUGGACAGGAGAGGGAAUUAUCCCAACUCGAAUUAGAUGAGCUGGCUGAGGCAUUUAAGGAGUUUGACUAUGAUCAGGAUGGAUAUCUAAACUACAAAGACCUGGCCAAGUGCAUGAGGACAAUGGGCUACAUGCCAACUGAGAUGGAACUCCUGGAGAUCAUCCAGCAGAUCAAAAUGAGGUUGGGUGGACUGAUGGAUUUCGAUGAUUUCUGUGAGUUGAUGGGGCCGAGGAUGAUGGUUGAGACGGCUCAUAUGCUGGGACUUAAAGAACUUAAGUGCUCCUUCAAACAGUUUGAUACAGAUGGGGAUGGAAAGAUCACUCCAGAUGAGAUGAAAGAGGCAUUAAAAACAUUAUUGGGUGAGAAAUUGAAGAAAGGCGAGUUGGAGGAGAUUCUGAAAGAAAUGGACCUGAAUGGAGACGGCUCUGUGGACUUUGAUGAGUUUGUUAUGAUGCUGUCAGCCCAGUAG